AUGUCGCUCUGUGGGUGCUUCGGAUUCAGCAGCUCUCAUCGCGCGGUAUCCAACCCCACACUGCCCUCCUCUCCCAUCCCUUCCUUCUCUCAUCACCUCUCCCAUCCCGUUCUCCCCUCUUCUCCCUUCCUGAUCUCCUCUCCUCUCACAUCCUGCCCUACCCUCCUCCCAUCGUGCCCUCUUCUCCUCUCUCGCGCUGCUCUGCUCUCAUCUCCCGUCCUGCCCUCCGCUGCUCUCCCAUGCUGCCCGCUUGUGUCUCCUCUCCUGCUCCUCUCUCCUCGCCUCUCUUGCUCUCCUAUCCUCUCCUCUCCAAUCCUGCGUUCGCCUCUCUCAUCCUGCUCGAAAUUUGCCGUCCUGCUCUCCUCACCCAUCCCGCUCUCCUCUCCUCUCCCAUCCUGCUCUCCUCUAGUCUCCUCUCGUGCUCCACUCUCCUCUCCUGCUCCCCUCUCCUCUCCUGCUCCCCUCUCCUCUCCUGCUCUCCUCUCCUCUCCUGCUCUCCUCUCCUCUCCUGCUCUCCUCUCCUCUCCUGCUCUCCUCUCCUCUCCUGCUCUCCUCUCCUGCUCUCCUCUCCUCUCCUGCUCUCAUAUCCUCUCCCAUGCUGCCCGUCUGUCCAAUCCUGCUAUCUUCGCAAUCCGCAGGCGCGUCGCACGAAUCCUAAUCGAAAUCUGCAUGGGUUUCUUUCGCUUCUAUCUCCUCCCUGUCCUCUUCAUCCCUCCAUGCCUUCAUCUCAUCUCCCUCACUGCCUUCCUCUCCUCUCCCUCACUGCCUUCCUCUCCUCUCACUUACUGCCUUCCUAUCCUAUCCCUUCAUGCCUUCAUCUCCUCUCCCUUCCUGUCCUCCCCUCUCAUCUCCCUUUCUGUCCUCCUCUCCCCUCUCCCUUUUUGUCCCCCCCUCUCCUCCCUCAAUGUCCACACCUCUCCUCUCCCGCUCCGUCCUCCACUGCUCGCUUCUCCACCCAUAUUUGCAGGCGUGUCGCGCGGUGGGAUCUCCGGAAACAGUAGGCGCGCGCAACAGUGUGGGUUCCGGAAUCCGCAUGCCAACCUCCCGCGGUGCGUACGCGGAAAUCUCGCUUCCCCUUCCCCUUCCUCUUCCUCUCCCUGCCUUCCUCUCCUCUCGCUUCCUGCCAUCAUCCCCUCUCCCGUCCUGCCUUCAUCUCCUCUCCCGUGCUGCCAUCAUCUCCUCUCCCGUGCUGCCAUCAUCUCCUCUCCCGUCCUGCCUUCAUCUCCUCUCCCGUGCUGCCAUCAUCUCCUCUUCCGGCCUGCCUUCAUCUCCUCUCCCUUCCUGCCUCCCUCUCCCCUCUCUUUCUGUCCUCCCUUCUCCCCUCUCUUUCUGUCCUCUCUCUUUUCCCGUGCGGCCUUCCCGCUCCUCUCCCUUUCUGCCUUCCCCUCCGCUCUUCUACGCUAUUACUUCCUGUACAUUCAUGCAGAAAAACGCGUUCUUCGCACCGGUGACAUAGCACGGGCGUUUCAAGGGAGGUGGUGA